UGACUGCGCGUACUGCCACCGGACGGCUGUGCGCAGAAAGUGCAGGAAAAUGUGCUCAUCAUCAGCGACAGGAACAGAACCAGGCAGCUCAACCAGGACCUCCAGCAGCAGACAUGUCAAAUAAAAAUAAAUGUAACAAAAUGGAGUAGAGAAUAAUGUGCCUCGGCUCGGCUGCCGCCGCCAUCAUGUUCCCGGGAGUCUUCUAUGCAUUACUGGCGGGUUUCCUCGGAGCCGUGGCGUCGUCGACGGCCAAGCUGUCCCUCGGAACCGACUACCUGAAGGGGUUCUGUGAAACCGGACUCCGGACGUGGGGGGAGCAGCGGAGAUUCAGACAAGCGGACGAAGCUACAGCCUGCGACCGGCUCCACAUCCCUCUGCGGCUGCUGUGUGGCGGCCUUCUUUUCACCUGCAAUGCUGUGAUGUGGACCUUCCUGGCCAAAGCUCUCAGGUACUCCUCUUCCUCCACCCGAACAACUGUGACCACCACUGCCUCCAACUUCGUAUCUUCCGCUUUCCUGGGCCAGCUGCUCUUUGGGGAACCCCAGAUAACACUGUGGUGGGUUGGGAUCUCUCUGACCUUCUCCGGUCUGUUGGUACUGCAGAGGGUUUCACCGCAGGACAGACACCAGGACGCAGCAGACGCUAAGGACGAAUAGCGAACCACCAGCCGGCUGCGUCGUGCUUUGGCUCCUCUGAUUUCCCACGAAGCCAAAGACGAGUGAAGAUCCUGCGUGUAACGAAACGACAGCAGCUCCGCGGGGAGAGAAAGGAAUGAAUUUGUCGCCGUCUUCCAAGUCUUGUUAAAAUGAUUACCUGGCAUUGGGGGCAGUUUUCAGAGAAAACCCUGACGGUGCAGCCAGAGGAGACGGUGGCUCGGAGCCAGUCCAGCCACUGCACAGCCGCAGCCUGACUCGUGGAGAAAAGCUAGUUCAGCUUCAAAAUAGACUUUUAUCAAGAGGUAAGCAGAGAGGCAGACAUUAUUUCAUCUCUGUGAUGCUCUAGGGUAAUCAGGCAACUAUAGCACAAAACUCAUGAGCUAAAAAAACUCAUGAGAGAAGCAAAUAAAAACGUUAGUGUGAUAUUUUGUAAAGAAAAUGAUGAGUUGAAACCAUUCUCAUGUCUGAAAUAAAUAUAAAACCUCAAUCGGCGAGACUGACUCACAACAAAAACUCCUCUCUAAUUAAACAUCUUAAAUUAUUUUUGCGUAGGCUAUCAAAAAAAACCAUAUAUAUAUAUAUAAAGUGUGGAUUUAUGGGUGGGGCUGGGAAAGUCAUGGGAAGUUUGGGCGCAAAAGGUGCUGCAGCACCUCCUGAAAACAUGCACGCUUUAAAGGACAUGGUUAAAGAAUAGAUUGUAUCGUAUUUUUAUUUGAGUUUUAGAAAUCCAGUUUUAAAUAAAUGCUUCCAGUGUUUCAGACAUGGUUGGUUUUAUAUAUCUUAUUAAAAUUAGACCCAUUAAGGUUUAUUAGUGCCGAUAUUUAGAAUUCAAAGUGAACGACAGUGGAUUUAUGCAGCUGAUUUGUGAGUUUGGUUAGUACUCUAAAAUGUAAAUGUUUAACAUUCACAAGUAAAUACAACAUAUUCGAUUUUGGCCCAAAAAAAAUGGCUGUUUUAUAAAAAUUUCGACGAGUGCUAUCACCAGUUUGUUGACCGUCAAUAAUAGUAACAGCWCAGAGACCAGAUUAUUCUUUAAUUUGUCCCAAAGAUUCUUUUGUUGACAUGUUUACAAACUAAACAACAAAGACCUAAGAUCAUUGACUUAGUUGGAAAUGCAGAUUAUAACGGAAUUACAACACAAAAAUACUGUUUUACACAGCCUGCAGCAGGCGACUAGUGAUGACAUCAUCGAGUCACUGAAAGGAAAGCUCACAGUCACGCCUCUAAUAAAUAUUUGAACACAAUCGCUCGUGUUUCACGUUCACAUGAGAACCACUUGUUGCACUCUCCAUAACCGUAAAAACACAGUUUGAAGUCGACUUUCAAAGGAAAAUAACUGAUAAUAAAAAUAAGACAUUUUUUUGUUUAGAAGUAGCAUUUUCUAGCCUGCACACAAACAUCUCUGUCUUUUAAUCAGUUUAUUGUUUGUAUUGCUAAUUAUUUUUAAAAAGGCACAAAAAAGAAGCAUUUGCACUAAAUAAUCAACCAAGUGAUCUAUCAGUCCACCUUUAAUUYUUACAGUUAAGGCAACAGACAUGAGAGUGAUAAAAUCUGCAAAAAAUAAAAAAUAAACAGAAAGUAGCCGUACAUUUCAAAAUAAAAGUACUAUUUUCAAAGACAUUAGCCGUUAUUAGUAAGGAUGAAGUAGCGAUUCAUAAAAUCAUUGCAAAACGUGACCCUCACUGCAGACCUCUCUCUUGUAACGGGGCUUUGAUUUAGAAGAUGAACACAAAAAAAGUUGAGAUUAAUAAUAAUUAAAGUGUUAUUUUGAGGGUUAAGAUUUCUGGUAAUUCUUCCUCAGACCAGCAGAGGGCGAUGUGAUUAAUCACAGUUGGAUAAAACGCCUUUUUUUAAUCUAUAAUUAUUACACCGUAUGUAAAAGAGUGAGACGAUACGAUAAAUACGCUUAUAUUUCAGUAAAACUUUUCUGGUUUUGAACGAGAGCARCAACUUUAACUUUUUAUCACCUUAAUAUUAUUUUUAUUUUUCUUCACACUCAAGACACUUACUGUAAACACCUUUAUUUACAAAGCUGUCAGCUAACUAAAGGGUAACUUUAUUUUAUUUUUUAUGAAGUAAUAACUCUUCUGAUGUAGCGCUGAAAGGCUUUUUUUGUUGUUGCUUGAACUUUUCCACACCACUAACAGAUACUGUAUUAUGACCCUGAGGCAGCUGUUCCUUAUGUGUGCACGUUUUUACUAAAUAAUAUAAAAUAAAAGCGAAUGGCUGAAUAAAUCACACCGAAGCCUCUCGGAGCACUGGUCCUCAUCAGAGAGACAACCUGUGAAUUUGUGCAGCUUCACCGUCCCUCUGGUGUCGAACAUGACUUUAGUUUGUGUUCUUAUAAUAUCCUGUAGUCGCAGUCAUGAUUAAAACUCUAACAGUUUCCAUUUUAUGAACAUGGAAACGUCUGUCGGGCUGCAAUAAUUCUGUCCCCGUUUUAUUUCCAUGUUCAGGUUGUGAGGGUUUGAAACCUGCAGGCAAGGGGCAAAGUUAUAAAGCAUUAAAAUGUUUACACUGCUGUUAAAACCCACAGCAACAAUGCACAAGUCUACCCAGGGUUUUGUAUCAUGAUCAAAAAUAAUCCCCAAUAAUGUGACCACAGCAAUUAUUGGAUUAUAUUAGGGAGAAGUUUUACAAAAAUCAAAUGCUCAUUACAGACAUGUAAACUUGUUUUGAGACAUCUGCGGCUUUUAUUUUGAAGGCUGAACACCAAAUGUUAGGUUCACUAAGUCAGCCCUAAUGGACCUGCGACUUGUCCAGAGUGUCCCCCGCCUCUCCAUUUAGGCGCCCCGCAACCCAAAUAGUCUUGUUUAGUCCCUCAUUCAAACCUAUCUGGGAWAAAAAAUUUAUCUCCCAUCAUUUUUAAGAGAUCCUCUCUUACAAGCUCUGCCUUCUGAUUGGCUGGCGUGUUGUGAAAGCCUUCUCACCCUGUCUGAAGUAAACAUGAAUUAUCAAAUAUAUUCCAGCACGUUAAGUGAAUUCAACCUGAACAGCAUGAACCGACACAAAAAUGUAGCUUAAACACCAACAAACAGGAGUUUAAAUGGUUCACCUCCUACCGACUGGGAUUCUGUGGAAAWGUUGGCUCCUUUAAGGAGUUUAAUUCUGCCUGCUGGUGAGCCAGUGGCUACUUUUAGUAAAUCCUUAAAACAGAAAACAAGCAGACAGUUCAAUCAGACGAGGAGAAUCUUGUUGCUCUGACCUGUAAAACUGACAUCUGUAAAAGUGUGAACUAUUCCUUUAAAGUAUUCAAUAAACGUUUCACCUGAUUACCGAGGA